UAGAGACAAACUCUGUCCAUCAGGAGUGUGAACUUACUGAUCAAGCAGGCAAUAAUCAGAAAUACUUUUGUCCAGAAUGAACCGUCCAACUGAAGCAGAGAGAUGAAGAACAUGAACAGAAUCAUCAGUUUUAUGCUUUAUGGUCUGUUUUUGUGCUCCUCGGUUUUCUCUAAUGAUGAUACACAGGUCUCCUGUCAGGUCAGCAAGACUUGUAUCUUACCCUGCAGUUUCACAGCUCAUGAUGACGUUAUCAUCCACUGGAUUGAAGAGACUCCACCAGAGUCCCGGGUUCACUCCUACUAUCACAAACAAGACCAACUAGGAGAGCAGCACCAGAGGUUCAGAGGAAGAACAUCUCUGUUUAAGGACCAGAUCUCCAGAGGAAACGCUUCCCUGCUGCUGAGAGGAGUGAAGGUUCAGGACCAGGGCAGAUAUCUGUGUGACGUCAGCACCAUCACUGGAAAUAAGGAGAACUUCAUCAACCUGAAUGUGAACGCUCCAGUCCAGCACGUCAACAUAGAACAGGUACAAAAUAAAAUCACCUGCAGCUCAGAGGGGAUCUAUCCUGAACCUGGACUCAUCUGGACCACCGAUCCUCCGUCCAGCAUGAACCUGCAGAACCUGCAGAACCUGCAGAACCCACCAACAGUCCAGCAGACUGAACAGCAGCUUUACAGCAUCAGCAGCUCUCUGGUCCUUUCAGACGGAGAUACUGACCUGGACUACAUCUGCACCGUCAGCACUCCAGCAAACAGCAGGAGAUCCACUUUGCUUCAACCAGCUGUUAUAAGUGGAUCAAACACUGAAAGAAAAAUCUCCUGCUCAACCGCCAAUUAUCCAAUAAAGUAUCUCACCUGGACAUUUAACCACAAAGAGAUCAUUCUGACCCAGAGCGGAGAUGAAGGGCUCUAUAUAACUUCAGAGAGGUGGAAGCAACACGUGAUGACUGUAUCAAGGACAGGAAGUCUCACUCUGAAGCAUUUAACUUCAGACCAGACAGGAACAUACAAAUGUGAACUCAGGGAUGAAGAGGAAACAUACGUGAAAUACACCUUUCUUCACAUACCAAAAGACCGGACUGGAGUUAUUGUAGGAGUGGUGGGUUUGCUGCUGGUGGUCUUGGUUUCUGGAGGCGUUGGUUACAAAUACAGGAAAAGGAAGAAAGAAAGGAAGAGGAAGAAAAAAAGAGAUGAAGAGAAGGUUCUGGUUGACUUGGGCAUGGAGGAGCACGACUCAACAGAAGGGGUUAAACAGAAACUGAUCUCUGCUAUGAAGGACCGCAGAGAAGUUCGAUUAAUUGAAUGUGAACUCUCAAAGUCUCACUGUAAAGUCAUUGCGUCCAGUCUGAAGUCCGACCCCUCCCGUCUGACAGAACUGGACCUGAGUAAGAGCCGCCUGGAGGAUUCAGGAGUGAAGAUUCUGUCUGGUGGACUGAAGAGUCCAAACUGUAGACUGGAGACUCUGAGAUUGAAGAGCUGCAGGUUGUCAGGGAUCAGCUGUUCUUCUCUGGUCUCAGCUCUGGAGUCCAACCCCUCCCAUCUGAAAAAUCUGGACCUGAGUCUGAACUACCUGAAUGUUUCAGGAGUGAAACAUCUGUGUGGAUUUCUGGAGAGUCCAGACUGCAGACUGGAGGAUCUGGGAUUGGAGAGCUGCAGGUUGUCAGAGAUCAGCUGUUCUUCUCUGGGCUCAGCUCUGAAGUCCAACCCCUCCCAUCUGAAACAUCUGGACCUGAGUGGGAACAAGAACCUGCAGGAUUCAGGAGUGAAACAUCUGAGUGGAUUUCUGGAGAGUCCAGACUGCAGACUGGAGGAUCUGAGAUUGGUGUUCUGCGGUCUGUCAGAGAUCAGCUGUUCUUCUCUGGUCUCAGCUCUGAAGUCCAACCCCUCCCAUCUGAAACUUUUGGACCUGACCUGGAACAAGAACCUGCAGGAUUCAGGAGUGAAACAUCUGAGUGGAUUUCUGGAGAGUCCAGACUGCAGACUGGAGGCUCUGAGCUUGCAGUACUGCAGGUUGUCUGGGAUCAGCUGUUCUUCUCUGGUCUCAGCUCUGAAGUCCAACCCCUCCCAUCUGAAACAUCUGUACCUGAGCAGGAACGACCUGAAGGCUGCAGAUGUGAAGCAGCUUUCUGAUCUGGUGGACAGUCCAGACUACAAGCUGCAGGAUCUCAGCUGGAGAUUGUGAGAGUGUCCAGGACGGAUGAGUUGUGUCCUGAUCGUCCUCAGAGUGGAAGCAGCACCAGUUUGUGUGGACAGACUCUGAAUGGACCGUGAUGAAGAUGAAGAUGAAGAUGUACAUAGUUUCAGCUCAGUUUGUUUCUGAUUUCCCUGGUUUUACAAACUUCUCAGAUAUUCAUGUAUUUCAGUGGCAGCUGGUGUAGUUUUCUCCAGGGGGGUUUAUACCAAACUCCUAAAUAGACAUAUACCAAAAAGCAGGCAAAUGAUGUACUAAAGUAUCACUUCUGUAUUUGAAUAAAUAAAAUCAACAAUGGCAACAUUAUA